AUGUGACUUUAUAAAGGAGCUUUUUUUUCAAUCCGCUUGGAAUCGAUGUUCUUUAAACCGAUGCCGUUAAAUGUUUGAUUUUCUUCUGUAAAACAAUAACUAGUUACUUUUUUUUAAAGGUUCAAAUGAAUGUGAUAACGAAAUAAAUCAGUAUGAAUAAGAUGUCAAGAUAUCCUUCAGACUGUAAAGUCUAUGUGGGAGAUUUAGGAAGCAAUGCAACAAAACAAGAGUUAGAGGAUGCUUUCUCAUACUAUGGACCUUUGAGAAAUGUAUGGGUUGCCAGAAAUCCUCCAGGAUUUGCUUUUGUCGAAUUUGAAGAUGCUAGAGAUGCAGAAGAUGCUAUCAGGGGCUUAGAUGGUCGUACCAUAUGUGGAAGACGUGUUCGUGUGGAACCAUCAAAUGGAAAAAGAUUGAGAGAUAGAGGCUCAUCACGACGUGGUGUGGCAAGACCAUUCCACCCAGAAGACAAAUGUUAUGAGUGUGGUGAAAGGGGUCAUUAUGCAAGAGAUUGUCCUCGACAUAGAAGUUCUCGUAGAAAACGGAGAUGCGGCUGAACAGGCAUACACAUGAGAAAUGUGUUGCUACUGUGAUUCUCGCGAGAUUCGCCUUGGGUUCAGUUUGUGACACACUGCGUAGUUACAGCGUAGAGCACUCACCUACUUUGGGUUUCCUUCUGCACUCUGCGAGCGAGAGAGGCAAACACGGCCGACGGAGUGGCUAGUUCUGCGCACUACGAUACUUCCACUGACCACUGACAUCACCCUAGACAGAGAGUUUAUGCACAUCGGCACUUCUGGUAGCCCGGCCUUCUUCGUUCGACUUACUGUUUGUGCCUAGUCGUCGUCAUAGUACCUAGUGGUCACUGAGAGACAACGUUUGAGCCAUCUCAUCUAGCCACUCUUCGUCCGUUCAUCCGACCCUCGCGUGAUUUCAUCUGCAUACGUGCUCAUCCGCUCUCCCUUCCCGGCAUUGCCAUCGCGUGCUCUACGACUGUGUCUGCUAUAUGCAGCCAGGA